AUGGAAACUGGUACAAUAAUAGACUCGAGCGCUUUAACUAUUAAUCAUUUAAACAAAAUUAAAGCUUUCGUUGCGAAAGGCACGACUCAUCACCCGGUAUCGGCCCUAAAUGCACACCUACUAUCAGGGUGGAAAUGGAAUACAUUGAUAGGAUAUAACGCUGCUGUUAAGAAAUUCAUAUUCUUCAAGAACUUGUCAGGAGACCACGACUUCGUUCUGCCAGCUACGAGUAAAGAUAUAGAAGAUUUUUGUUUUUGGGCAGGAAGAAACCUUUACUUAAACAACUCUUACAAAAUAUCGGCGAGUUCAAUUAGGAAGUACUUAUGCGGCAUAAAGGCAUGGCACACUUUCCAUGACACGUUGUACCCAGAAAUAGCGGAUAAACGAAUCGAAUUAUUACUGAAGGCAUCGGCUAAAGUGGACGCGACUAAACCGCUCAAACCAAAGAAACCGGCGAUAAUGUUGAAACAUCUAAUAUGGCUGUCAAACAUGUUAUUUCCGGGUGGAAAGGCCGACAAAGCGAUAAUGGAUUUGGCGAUCGUGGCUUUUUGGGGUAUGGCCAGAAUCGGAGAAUUGACAUACAGUAAACCUACGGGAUCAAUUGAAAGUCAACUGUCACUUUUAACGACAGACGCUCGUAUUGUGAAUUCGGCAAUCGGAGAGAAAGUCAUUUUGACGGUACGUAACGCAAAAACGGCAACACCGGGUAAACCUCAAGAAAUAGUCUUACAUAGCUUGAAAAACAUGUUAUGUCCGGUUUUGGCGAUUAAAAGAAGACUGGAAGAAGCAGCAGGACAAAAAACGUCCCUUUUUGGUUUUUUCUGCGGCGAUACCCGAAAACACCUGACACGAUCGAUUGCCGUAAAUCGAAUUCAAUUAGUCUUGAGAUCAGGAGGAUUCGAUGGGUUGUUAGGCCAUUCCUUUCGGGUCGGGGGAGCAUCGUUGCGGUUUGCACUUGGAACACCUGUAGAUGAAAUAUGCGUUUUAGGCAGAUGGGUGUUGAAUUGCUAUAAGUUAUACAUUAGAGAGUAUGACAAUUCUUCACUUCUCGAAUCAAAAAAGAUUAUAGAGGAGUUAAACGAGUUAUGGGACGAGGAUUGA